AUGUCGCGCGGAGUAUUUCCAGACAUCCCGCCCUUAAUUCCCUCCGCCUUUUUGGAUCAGAAAGUCUCGCUUCGCCAACGAAGAUGGGGGCUCCGCCUCCGCCUCGCUCCGGCUCAAGGCCGGGAUCUCGUGCGGCGCCUCGUGCGGCGCCUGCCCCCGGAGACGCGCGCGUACUACGCCAAGUACGCGCGCGAGAACUUCGUCAACUACCGCGACGCCGAUCCCUCCACCUCCCUCUCCGACCUCCUCCGCCGCGCCUACGCCCACUCCACCUGGGUCCUCAACAAGUACUCGCUCGACGAAUCGGCCGUGGCGAAGCUCAAGGAGAUAUAUGGGUGCUGAGCAGUGGCGUUUGGGGCGCGCCUCAUACACGCAUGGGGGGAAUUAUGGCAUGUCGUUCACGAAGGGGGCGGCGCAAAUGAGGAGUUUAACGAGUUGUCGUCCUUCGUAGGAGUCUCCGCCGAUGUUCUCAGGAGACACAGUGAAGCUUUUGGCAUCUAUUCUUGCACUCAAAGGAAACAUCAGGUACCAAAUGUAAACUGCUGCGUGGCAGCAGGGAGACUUUGGUCUUUUGGCUGUUGAUCUUAUCUCCACAGGGGCCAGCUCGACUCCUGAAGUUACCUGAGAGUUACUGGAGCUCAGGGGAAGGCUGUCUUGGGAGACCUUGGAGCUAUUGUAGAAGGGUGAAGAAGGUGUUUGGGAAGUGUUUCGCAGCUCUAACACAGCAGGUAGCUGGGUGGAGGUUUGCUAAGGGGAUUCAGCUAUCAUGGGCAUUGUAGAUAUUGAUAAUGACAAAGCCAAUCCUCAAAUGUGCAGCCUUUAUGCAUCGGAGAUAUAUACAAAUCUGUGUGCUACAGAGAGAAGGGUAUACAUUUGGGAAGUAAGCCAUCAAGUGAACCAACUGAUGUGUUGCAAGCAAGUACUUUGAAAAACUCUGAUGAGUUAGAUAUCCUGUGUGCUCUCUCCGAUAAGCCCCAUAUCCUGAUUCCUGACACUCUUUCAACUCUACUUGUUAUUGCUCUUGAGGCUUGAACUUUGAAGGUUAAUGAUAUGGCAAAAGAAUUGGAUAUCCUGCUAUCAUCCAUAGAACAAGAAGGUGGAUUCUGGGAUGCCUGCACUGUCUUGCAGCAAACUUCAGUUAUGACAUUGGAGGAGGGUCUGCAGAAACUUUCAGCGAUAUCUUGGAUAUGCAAGAACAAAGUAGAAGAUCAACUGAUGAAGGUUCAGGAGCUUUGGAACAAGAAGUUACAGAGUAUGUCCUUGAUGAAAAUUCAGUUCAUUUAACUUGAUGUGUAUUAAAUGUUUGGAUUGGCUCAACUAAAUAACUAAACUCCCUUUUUAUGCGUCAUUGGCUGCAGGAAGUAGUGCCAUAAAUAUAAUGGACUGUCCACUUUGCUUAAUUAUUUCGAAGAUUGUAUUGUAGAAAAUUCUGCAAAAGCUUAAUUUAUAAUAUUAAUGCCUAUUUUGCUAUUUUACAUUAGCUGCUAAUAAUCUCAUAGAUG